UAACUCCUCCAUAUCCCCAUAAUAUCUGGUCUUUUUAUUUCAUGCCACCGUCCUCACCUAAUCUUUUAUUUCAUUGCCCGUUCCCCUUGCCCUGGAGCUGCUGAGGAUUCGAAGCCCAGAGACUCUCGCCCCCUCUCUGUAUUUAAUGAUACGUGAUACGAACGCCUUCCCUUCCUCCAUGGCCUUUCACAAGGGCCAGGAGAGAUCCAAAAGGUCAAUACCCCCUCUCUGUCUCUCUGCUCACAGCAUCGGAGGAAAAAAGAAAAAAACUCUCCCUUCGCUGCUCAACUUGGUCUUUGUUUUCUACCUUCCUCUCAUCACGCACAAGGAAUUCUCUAAUGGACGCGACACUUCAUAAUUCUCCCAACAACUCCCCUCUAAAACCCUCAUCCUAUGCAGCAAUAUAUAAAGAUGGUAGAGGAGAGGGGCUCCCACUCAUAUCUUCCUUUCUAUCUUUCCAAAAGAUCCUCUUCCAUGGAACUUGUACUCUCUUAAUUUCUCAGGUUUCUUCCCUUCUUUUCACUACCUGACUCAAAUUCGCACGACUUCAUUUCUUAAUCUUUGCCUGGUCUGUCUCCCUCGCCACUGUAAACAAAACUGGAGAAUUAGAAGGAAAGGAAAGAAGACAUGGAGGAACAAAAGAAACCAUCAUCCCUUCAAAUCGAAUCGGUGGCGGCUUCCGACACCAAGCGCUUUAAGGUGCCGGUCGACUCGGAGCACAAGGCCACGGUAUUCUGGAUAUUCUCCUUUGCAGCCCCACAUAUGCGUGCCUUCCACCUCUCUUGGUUCUCCUUCUUCUGCUGCUUUGUGUCGACGUUCGCGGCGCCGCCGCUCCUUCCGGUGAUCCGCGACAACCUCGGCCUCACCCGGAACGACAUCGGCAAUGCCGGAAUCGCCUCCGUGUCCGGCGCCGUCUUCGCUCGGCUCGCCAUGGGCACCGCCUGCGACCUCGUCGGUCCCCGUCUCGCCUCCGCCUCCCUCAUCCUCGUCACCACCCCCGCCGUCUAUUGCACCUCCAUAAUCAACUCUGCCUCCAUGUUCUUGCUUGCUCGCUUCUUUACAGGCUUCUCCCUCGCCUCCUUCGUCUCCUGCCAAUUCUGGAUGAGCUCUAUGUUCUCAGCUCCCAAGGUCGGAAGUGCCAACGGCGUCGCCGCCGGCUGGGGGAACCUCGGCGGAGGUGCCACCCAGCUUAUCAUGCCCCUCGUCUACGAGCUCAUCCAUAUUGCAAUUGGCAGCACCAAGUUCACCGCGUGGCGCAUCGCCUUCUUCAUCCCGGGGGUCAUGCAGACUGCCGCCGGGAUCGCGGUCGUGGCCUUGGGCCAGGACUUGCCCGACGGCAAUUACCAGAAGCUCCAAAAAGCCGGGGACAAGCACAAGGACAGCUUCUCCAAGGUUUUCCACCAUGCGGUCACCAAUUACAGGGCGUGGAUCCUGGCACUGACAUAUGGGUAUUGCUUCGGGGUGGAAUUGACCAUCGACAACAUCAUUGCCGAGUACUUCUACGACAGGUUUGAUGUCAAUCUCCGCAGCGCAGGCAUGAUCGCCGCGAGCUUCGGGCUGGCGAACAUUUUUUCGAGGCCGGGCGGGGGAUGGUUCUCCGACCUCCUGUCCGAGAGGUUUGGAAUGAGAGGGAGGCUGUGGGGCCUGUGGGCGGUGCAGAGCUUUGGGGGAGUUCUCUGCAUCAUACUGGGGCUCAUGGACAACCUUGCUGCAGCCAUCGCCGUCAUGCUCCUCUUCUCGGUGUUCGUCCAGGCUGCGUGCGGACUCAGCUUCGGCAUCGUCCCUUUCGUCUCCCGAAGGUCAUUGGGAUUGAUUUCCGGGAUGACAGGAGGUGGUGGAAAUGUUGGUGCUGUCUUAACUCAGCUUAUAUUCUUCACAGGCUCCAGAUACUCGACCCAAAAAGGGAUCGCUCUCAUGGGUGUCAUGAUCCUGGCCUGCACCCUUCCGACCAUGCUCAUCUAUUUCCCACAGUGGGGUGGAAUGCUCCUUGGCCCGAGACCAGAUGCCACAGAGGAAGAUUACUACACAGCUGAAUGGAGUCAAAAAGAGAGAGACAGCAGCUACCACUCAGCAAGCUUGAAAUUCGCAGAGAACAGCGUGAGCGAAAGAGGAAAAGGAAGGGACUCCUCAACUACAGUCCCUGUGGAUACAACACCUUCCCAUGUUUGAACUCUUCCUCCUGGCUCGGGAAAUCUCUGGAGUUUGACAUUGGCAGCCAGCUCAAUAGCCAUAAAAAAGACCUGUUGCGUGAGCUCCUAUCCCUGUUAUGCUGUCCAUAUUUUAAAUUUCAGUUAGUAGGUCUGAAUUAGUCGAGAUAGUCAGUUGUAUCAAGAGAAAGUACCUGUUCCUAAGAAGCAUUUAAUAGCCCAUAGUCGCUGCUUUAGCAUGCUUCACGUAUUUGCCCAGGCAAUACCAUGCUUUCUCCUUCCGUGCUUGUGCUUUUGUAAGUUCCUUAAGUUGGUGCAAAAUAGAAAGCAGAAUAUAUUUGAGGCCUACUGUUUCUUUCA